AUGCAGGACGCCUGGACUGCUCGCAAAGCUGAGAUCCAAGGCUACGCGGACCGCAACGAAUGGAAGAACUUCUUCUCUGCGAUCAAAGCUGUCUACGGUUCGGCGACGAAAGGCACUGCUCCUCUCCUCAGCGCCGACGGCAGCACUCUCCUGACUGAGAAGACGCAAAUCCUACGGCGAUGGGCCGAGCAUUUCCGAGGCGUCCUCAACCGCCCCUCUACUAUCUCCGACGCCGCCAUCGAGCGUUUGCCGCAAGUAGGGACCAACGUGGAUCUUGACCUCCCGCCAGCUCUCCAGGAGACCAUCAGGGCCGUGCAGCAGCUUUCCAGCGGGGAAGCAUCCGGAUCGGACGCAAUCCCUGCUGAGGUCUACAAGCACGGAGGUCCCCAACUGAUGGAUCACCUGACUGUGCUCUUCCAGGAGAUGUGGCGUCAAUACGAAGUCCCGCAAGAUUUCAAAGACGCAACCAUCGUGCAUCUCUACAAGCUAAAAGGGAACCGCCAAGUCUGCGACAAUCACCGUAGCAUCUCCUUGCUUAACAUCGCCGGGAAGAUCUUCGCUCGAAUCCUCCUCAACCGUCUCAAUACCCAUCUCGAACAGGGCCUUCUGCCUGAAAGCCAAUGCGGCUUCCGUCGUCAUCGUGGGACCACGGAUAUGAGCUUCACUGCCCGUCAACUUCAGGAGAAGUGUCAGGAGAUGCGGACCCACCUGAACUCUACCUUCGUGGACCUGACGAAAGCCUUCGACACGGUGAAUCGUGAAGGACUGUGGAAGAUCAUGCAGAAAUUCGGCUGUCCGGAGCGAUUCACUCAGAUGGUGCGUCAGCUGCAGCACGGUAUGGUGGCGCGAGUCACGGACAACGGAGCUGUCUCAGAGGCGUUCGCAGUGACCAAUGGAGUGAAGCAGGGAUGCGUGCUGGCGCCUACCCUCUUCAGUCUUAUGUUCUCUGCCAUGCUGAUGGACGCCUACCGCGACGAACGCCCUGGAAUCCGCAUCGCCUACAGGACGGACGGUCACCUACUGAAUCAACGACGGAUGCACUUCCAAUCGCGCGUAUGCACAACCACCGUUCACGAACUCUUCUUCGCCGACGACUGCGCCCUGAACACCACCUCGGAAGAGGAGAUGCAACGCAGCAUGGACCUGUUCUCCGUCGCCAGCGAGAACUUCGGUCUGAUCAUUAACACGCAGAAGACGGUGGUGAUGCACCAAACGCCACCCAACUCAGCCACACCCCCCAACGCGCCGCCGCAAAUCAGCGUGAACGGAACCCAACAGCAAGUGGUGGAGAACUUCCGUACCUGUGCAGUACUCUCUCCCGCAACACCAAGAUCGAUGACGAAGUCGCCAACAGGAUCUCGAAAGCCAGUCAAGCCUUCGGUCGCCUCCAAAGCACAGUUUGGAAUCGCCACGGUCUUCAACUGA